CGAAUAAUGCAUUAAUUUGCGUAAAAUAUUCAGGCGGUGACGCAAUAUAAUUUUAACCAUAAUAACUCAGUACGCAGAAGUUCGCAAACAGAAUAGAACAUAACAGUUAUACCUCUUAGUAUGGUCAAGGGCGAACCCAGAAGGGCAAAACAUAAAAACAAAAUGACCGUUUAGUUUUGAUUGUGUUCUGGAUUCCCAUAAGGAACUUAUAAUUGUGUAGAAAGAAGUACAGAAUUAGAUAUGCCAUCUACAACGGUGCAAUAAGGAAUUAUAUAAAGUGAUAACUUUAGCAGAAUAAACACGACUUUGGUUUAUCUUAUUGUUGUUAUGAAAGUGAUGCUUGACCUACUUUAACGACAAUGUAGUUAUGAAACAGGACCAUAUUUAAUGUGCAUUUAAGCAUAAUUAUAUGACAGUUACUAUUGAAAAUUGAAUGGAAACUAUUUAUAUUUUGUACAACCUUUGUCGCUGCCAUAGGAUUUCUUCUCGGCAAACCUGCAUUGAGUCACAAGAUAUUCAAUUAGGUGAGGACACAGAGUUAUGUGAAGAAACAUUUGUUCAAAAUGGCAACCAGAAGAGAACAUGGAAGCGGAACCGGAAGUGAUGAUUUCUGUCGAAACGUGCGACGAUUAUCGACUGACAUUGAACAAAUAUCGAUUGGAUUAUCGGAGCAGAUGAGAUCUGUUAAUGAUAACAUUAACAAUCUAACACCGGAGCAGAUAACUGAGGCACUUGCCCAAUUUAUGAAGGAUACCAAUGCCUUGGAAGAGUUAAAACAGAUCACGGAGAGAAAGAUAAGUGAGCUGAAAGACCUGAGGUUGAAGCUUCUGGAGCAUGCCAAAAACAGUAAUGAUAAUAUGAGACAAGUGCAAGGACGUGCAGGCACGCGGGACAGCGGUUACGCCUCAACAGAUUCGCAGCUUAUGAAUAGGUCCGCGGGCGAAACGUCAAGUUUGGUAACCCACCCGUCCGACGCUCACCCGGAGUUGACUAGCGUCUCCAGUAUGUCAGGGCCCCAUGCGCUUGCAACGAACAUGUCAAGGGUAUCUUUACGUGAAAGUGAGCAUGAAGAAAGGUCAGAGGCAGAAUGUUGAAAUAAAAUUUUGUAUAUAGGGCAGUGACAAUUCAAAAAUAAUGUGAUGUCAUCAUUGAACUGCAGAGAAAUAACACUCGUGCCAUAUGACAAACUGAUUUUACAGGCAUGAACUAUUAAGAUGUUGUAUAGUCAGUGAACUUCGGUGAAAAAAAACAAAUGUGCCAUUUGAAAUAUUGAUUAUACAAACAUGAACUUUUCAGCUGUGUAGUAUGAACAUAUACCUAAAGGACAUUUGACAUAUCGAUUAUACAAACAUGAAAUAUUCAGCUGUGUAAUAUGAAUAUAUUCUUAAAAGACAUUUGACAUAUUAAUUAUACAACAUGAAAUAUUCAGCUGUGUAAUAUGAAUAUAUUCUUAAAGGACAUUUGACAUAUUAAUUAUACAAACAUGAAAUAUUCAGCUGUGUAAUAUGAAUAUAUUCUUAAAAGACAUUUGACAUAUUAAUUAUACAACAUGAAAUAUUCAGCUGUGUAAUAUGAAUAUAUUCUUAAAGGACAUUUGACAUAUCAAUUAUACAAACAAGAACUGUUCAGCUGUGUAGUAUUUAUAUAUUCUUACAGGCGUGACAUAUUAGUCAUACAAACUUGAACUUUUCAGCUGUAUAAUAUGAACAUAUCCUUAAAGGCCAUUUGACAUAUCG